AUGCCGGAAAGUAUCAAUGUGCACGUUUUACCAUGUCUAAUAAAGGAGCCUGGUCCUGCUGAUGUGGAGCGCGGCUUUACAGACAAGGUGUUUAUUUUGGGAUCUCCUACGGUUGAAACUGAGGUUGAGCUAGGCGGGUUUACUUUACGUGAUAUUUGCGGUAGCGUCGCUGACGAAGUACCAUUCUUACUGGACACGACCGAGCAUCUCGAGCAGAAUGUAUAUACUUCUCAGCAUGGCUCAGACCCUUUGCUGGGUGCUGACCGUCUAUGUACAUUUCUCCGGGGUCGCUGUUUACGCGGUAGCCGUUUGAACCUUGACGCCCUAGGUUGUCGCAUGGCUGUUGUAGAAGCUUCAGCAUCGUCUUCACGGAAGACCCCUUUGGCUAGGAAUACCUCGAUUCCAUGCCAACUCGUACGUGAAACCGCUGCAAUAGAGUCGCUUACGGUCUGGGAUAGGGAUACUGACAUUAGCCCUAUUGCACCCUUGUUAGAGGGAUACAAGCAUCUGGCGGUAGCUUUUGCGGUAUGUACAUCUUGCAACUGUUAA